UAUGAUUUGCUAAUGGUUGAAAAACCUAGUUCAUAUAAAAAAUUUACAUUUACUUUUAUUUCAGGAAAUAUGAAUUCUGAAACUGUGAGUAACCUUGUUACUACUGGAGUUGGUUCUGAGGCUGCUCCGGCUGAGGUUGAUGAACCUAGUUCGAAAAGGCUGAGACCAGCAACCUCUGAUGUUUGGAAUUUUUUCAAAAAGCUCGGUCCAGAUAAGGAUGGAGUAGAACGUGCUGAGUGUAAAAGAUGCAAGAAAGUGUUUAAAGCUGGAGAGGAAGAUAAAGAUCAGGAAGAUAUUGCAAAAGGAGAAGGCUAUUCUUCAGGAGUUGGUUCCAAUGAUGUUAUUGACUUAUAUGAAGAUGAAGAUGAAAAUUAAGUGUAUUGAAUUAAGUUUAAUUUGCUUUGAAG